AUAGGGGUCGGCCGUCAAGUUCCUUAUUUCCUAUCAUAUCAAUUUACUCUUUGAGAGUCCUAGGGUUAGGGUUUCGAACCAGAACUCGAAUCAUGGCUUCUUCAAAGACGAUCACUCUCAGAAGCUCUGACGGCGAGGCCUUCGACCUCGAGGAGGUGGUGGCGGUGGAGUCUCAGACGAUCAAGCACAUGAUCGAGGACGGAUGCGCCGACAAUGCGAUUCCGUUGCCGAACGUCACCAGCAAGAUCCUUGCAAAGGUGAUCGAGUACUGCAAGAAGCACGUUGAAACUCCUAAGGCGGAGAAAAACGCCGUCAAUGAUGAACUCAAGGGCUGGGCUGCUGAUUUCUUCAAAGACGAUCGGGCCACCUUCUUUGACCUCAUCAAGGCCGCAGACUACCUACAUAUCAAGAGCCUGUUGGAUUUGGCCUGCCAAACGGUUGUUGACAUGACCAAGGAAAUGUCUCCGGCCGAAAUUUGCGAGAUAUACGUCUCGAUCAAGGAGAAGUCUCUUGAAAAAAUUUUCGAGAGAUACAACAUCAAGACUGGACUCACUCUCAAAAGCUCAGACAGCGAGAUCUUCGACCUCGAUGUGGCGGUGGCGACGGAGUCGCGGAAGAUCAAGCGCAUGAUCAGGGACAGACGCGCCAACAAUGCGAUUCUGGAUCUGAACGUCACCAGCAAGAGCCUUGCAAAGGUGAUCGAGUACUGCAAGAAGCACGCCGUCAAUGAUAAACUCGAGGAUUUCGUCAAAGUCGAUCGGACCACCCUCUUAGACCUCAUCAAGGCAGCAAACUAUCUAGGUAUCAUGAGCCUGUUGGAUUUGACCUGCCAAACAGUUGCUGACAUGAUCAAGGAAAUGUCUGGGAACGAAAUUUGCGAGAUUCACUUAUUGAUCAAGGAAAGGUCUCUUGAAAAAAUUUGCAAGAUAUACAACAUCAAGACUAAACUCACUCUCCAAAGCUCUGACGGCAUGUUCUUCUACGUCGAUGUGGCGGUGGCGAUGGAGUCACAGACGAUCAAGCACAUGAUCGAGGACAGAUGCGCCGACAAUGCGAUUCCGUUGCCGAACGUCACCAGCAAGAUCCUUGCAAGGGUGAUCGAGUACUGCAAGAAGCACGUUGAAACUCCUAAGGCGGAGGAACACGCCGUCAAUGAUGAACUCAGGGCUUGGGAUGCUGAUUUCGUGAAAGUCGAUCAGGCCACCCUCUUUGACCUCAUCUUGGCAGCAAACUAUCUAGAAAUCAAGAGCCUGUUGGAUUUGACCUGCCAAACAGUUGCUGACAUGAUCAGGGGAAAGACUCCGGAGGAAAUUCGCAAGACAUUCCUGAGAAAGCAUGACUUCACUCCGGAGGAAGAGGAGGAGGUCCGGAGAGAGAACCAAUGGGCAUUUGAGUAAGGAGGAUGUCCAGAGUGAGAACCAAUGGGCAACCGAGUAAAGAAUUAGGAUGCUAGUUUCCUUAGUGUUCUUACCUUUACUUUGUACAUAAGGGUUGGUUCUGCAAUCAACCCAGGUUACCUCAUGGGGAUUUACCUUGACUUUUUUUGUAUAGAACCUAGUUUUUUGUAUUAUUUUCAAAUAUGCUUGGAUGGUUUCCUACUAAAUGGGUCUCAUUUCUCAACAUUAUAUGAUAUAUGCUUGGCCCA